GGGGUUUAUCUCUUAAGAGAGAGAAACAACAUUGUAGAGAGAGAAACAACAUAAACAAAACAAAUAGAGAAGAGAAAAUAGAAAAGAGGAGAGAAAACUCAAAAUUACAAUAGAAAUCUUCGUCAUACUUAUCAAAACUUGAAAUUUGAUUUUAGCCAAAUCAGGUGAAUUAGGGUUUCUGUUCUUGAUUUCUGCCAGAAAAGAAACAUAAUAUAAUUUUUUUUUUUUGCAAUUUUGUGUUGGUUUUUUAUGAGAGUAUUUGAAGUUAAUAUUUUUAAGAGAUUUGUAAUUUUUUGAAUGGAUGAGAUCUGGGAAAGAGCGGUUGAAACGGCGAUAGACGGCCAAACAGAUAAUCGUUCAACAAAAUCCAUAACCCUAGACGGCGCUGUUAAGUGUUUACACGGCCGUUUACCAGCCUCUUCACUAUUAGAGAAGUUCCAUAAUCUUCAGCAUCUAUCUUUGGCGAACAUAGGUGUAUCAUCUCUUGAGCAAUUUCCUCGUCUUCAAAGUCUCCAGAAACUCACACUUUCUGAUAAUCGGAUAUCUUCGGGUUUGGAACAUCUUGUUGGAGCGGGGCUUGAUUCACUUCGAGACCUUGAUUUAUCGAAUAAUCGAAUUCAGUAUAUUGAAGAUCUUGCUCCUUUAGCUCAGUUGAAGCUUGUGUCACUUGAUUUGUAUGAAUGUCCUGUUACUAGGGUUAAGGAUUAUAGAGCUAGGGUUUUUGGUUUGAUUAAAUCGUUGAAGUAUUUGGAUAAGAUGGAUGCUGAGGGUAAUGAGAGACCCGAAAGUGAUGAUGAGGAAGAAGAUGAGGAGGAGGAAGAGGAAGAGGAUGAUCCUGGUAGUGGUGAAGUUGAUGGUGAUGGUGAUGGAGAGGAAGGAAGUUAUAGGAUGAGUAACGGGCAUAGUAGUGGUGGUGGUGAAGGGAUUGUUGACGUUGAUGAGGAUGAAGAAAGUGAUGCCGAUGAAGAAGAAGCUGAGAUGGAGAUUUCAAGGAGGAGAGAGAAUGGAGGGAUGCAGGAAAAUGGGUUUAGAAUUGAGGCAGUUGGGGAAGUAGAUGGUGAGGAUGAUGAGGAGGAUGACGAUGGCGAGGAUGAGGAUGUAGAGGAGAUCGAUGAGGAUGAUGGUGAGGAGGAGGAGGAUGUUGUUGAGGUUCAUGAUAUUGUGGAUAGUGAUGAUGAUGAAGACGGAGAUGGGGAUGAGGAGUAUGAGGAUGAUGAUGAUGACGAUGAUGAUGAGGAUGAGGUUGAGGAGGUUGAUAAUGAUGAUGUUGAUGUUGCUGAGCCAGGGAGCACGGGAAGAUUGACUAGUACUGAUGGAGAAAUUGAUGGUCAUGAACAAGGGGAAGAUGAUGAUGAUGAGGAUGAUAACGGGGAGACGGGGGAGGAGGAGUUGGGUGUUGAAGAUGAGGGAGAAUCAGAUGAUGAAGUCGAGGGUGAAGAUGAGGAAGAAGAUGGUGAGGAAGGGUACUUAGUCCAGCGUGUCAGACAAAGGACAGAAAACGCAGAUGACAGUGACAUGGAAACUGAAAACGACGGAGAUGAUGCUGUAGAAGGUGAAGAGGUUGAAGACGACGAGGAUGAUUUGGGAGAAGGGCAAGUAAUGGCUCCGUCCUCUUCAGAAUCAAAGAGAAAGAGAGACGAGGAUGACGGUGUUGACGAAGAAGAAGAUGCUGAUGACGCAGACGAACGAUCCUCAAAGAAACGUCAUUGAAGAAGGUUUUAAUGAAGGUUCUUCAAUGAAUAGCUAAAAAGAAUGGAGAGAUGGAGGAUCUGAAUGUACAUCAGUUGUUGGUAGGCAGUUUAAAAGAGUUUUAGGCUCUGUUUUUCUUGGACAAUUAUUUUAGGAGGGAAAACUAUCCCCAUUUACAAUGGGGUUUUAAAUCUUGUUCAAAAAGUGGUUAGUAUUUGUUAUGGUUUUGUUUCCCUCUCUUGUCAGAUUCAGUAGUCUCUUCUCUUCUAAUGAAGUAGCCGUUAGUUUGGUAUUCAAAUGACAGUUAAAUGAAGGGUUGAUUGUCCAGUA